AUGGAGGUGACACGACAAUGCCUCGUCGUGGUGGAAAAAGAAGGUUCUACGGGCAUGACACCUUAUGCUGUAUGGGACGAGGCAAUGAAUGAACUGCUGAAAGCAACUUUGCUGCCAAGCGUAAAGGAAAUCCCGUUCAAGACCACCAGCAGUCCGUCCCGUGGUGAAUACACGUUUCUCUGCAAGGUCAAGACAGCAGAACCUCUUCCAGAAAAGCCUGAAUAUGAUAGCUGUCUUGUGAUGACCCAUAUUGCACUGGAUCCAGGUGUGCAUACAUUCAUGACAAGUUACGAUCCGAAUGGACUGGUUGUGGAAUGGGGUGAAGUAAACGCGCAACUAGCCAUUAAGCAUAAACCUUAUAAACUUCGUCAUGCCAUGCUACGGAUUCAAAAGAAGAUUCGUAGUCUUGUGGAUGACUGUUAUCAUAAACUCUCCAAAUGGCUGUGUGAAAAUUAUCGCGUGGUGCUGCUUCCUGGCCGUGGGCAUCGACGUAUCGGCCAGAGCCAUGUCACAUUAUCGUUUCUGUCAGUGCUUGCUUCACAAAGUUUCCCUUGGUGCCAAGUAAUUUUAUGCAUGGAGAAGUGGUCAGAUCAAACGUCUUUUGUUGCUCAAAAUGCCAUUCCGAGCUUGACAAAGAUUUCACGUUGA